AUGUCGACUUCUUUUGAUGAAACUUCGGGGUUCACUUCAGCUCUUCCUGUUGUACAUCCUCUUGAUGCUGAGAUGAAAAAGCUUGAAGAUGCUGCUACUGCUCUUGCUUGUGAAUUCGGCACCCUUGUUGCAUCUUACAAGGAUCACGCAGUUCGGGUGGAGUGUGCAACAAUACAAAGUAGUGAGGCCCUUCUGAAGAGCACCGUUUUUCUUGAAGAUCAGUUGCGUAGUGCCAUAAUGUCAGCGAAUGGAGUGUUGGAUGGAAUGGUUGGAAUGUCUGCAGCAGUUACAGGUCUGGAGAAUCUUCUUGGUGAUGUGCGAAAGGUUGCCCAAGAUGUGACGCUGGUUGAAAAUGCCCUUUUGGUAGCAGAGAAAGAGGCACUGGGUCAGCAUGAUCUUUCAGAGGAAUGA